AUAAAACUUUCACCUUCACAACCUAAAUACGACAUCGUUUAGAACCAGGGCGAAGAAAGCAUCCCAACUUUUCUUGGUCAGCAGUACUCAGUUCACAGACCAAAACCCCAAAAUUAAAAUCCCCGAAAAUCUUUCGUUUUUCCCUCUCGCCAAACUCUCUUCUCUUUCAGUUACUUGCGCAAACACCUUUGGCUCACAUUCAAAAUCUCCACAUCUCGCAUAAACCCUAGUCCAGUAGCAGUCUCCCUGCAGACAAAACCCUAGGGAAACGACAGAGCUUCAAAAACCCAUCAAUGGAGUGGAACGCCGAAAACUUACAGUUCCUCUCUCAGUGCUUCCUCCACACUCUCUCUCCAGCCCCGGAGCCUCGCCGCCGAGCCGAGGCUUCGCUCUCCGAGGUCUCUCAACAAGCCAACUACGGCCUCGCAGUCCUUCGCCUCGUCGCCGAACCCACCGUCGAUGAUCAGAUCCGGCAGGCCGCCUCCGUCAACUUCAAAAACCACCUCAAGGCCCGAUGGGCCCCCGAUUCCUCUUCCGACGACGAGCACUCUAUCACCGAAGCCGAGAAGGAGCAGAUCAAAGCCCUUAUCGUCUCCCUCAUGCUCUCUGCUGCGCCCAAAAUCCAGGGCCAACUCAGUGAAGCACUAGUCCUCAUCGGCAAGCACGAUUUCCCAAAGCGGUGGCCCGCUUUGCUCCCCGAGCUCAUUUCCCGCCUCCAGAACGCUUCGAGCGCUGGCGACUACGCCGCCAUUAACGGUAUUCUCGGCACUGCUAACUCUAUAUUUAAGAAAUUUCGGUAUCAGUACAAGACCAAUGAUCUUUUGCUUGAUUUGAAAUACUGUUUGGACCAUUUUGCCGCACCCCUUUUGGAAAUUUUCAUUAAAACUGCGAAUUUGAUUGAGUCUGCCAAUUCCGGUGGUGGGUCCGUUGUUGUGCUUAAGCUGCUGUUCGAGUCGCAGAGAUUGUGUUGUAGGAUUUUCUACUCAUUGAAUUUUCAAGAUUUGCCUGAAUUUUUUGAGGACCAUAUGAAUGAGUGGAUGAGUGAGAUGCAAAAGUAUUUAACCACUAAUUAUCCAGCGCUUGAGAGUAGUGCUGAUGGGCUUGCCGUGGUUGAUGAGUUGCGCGCAGCCGUGUGCGAGAAUAUUAACCUUUAUAUGGAGCAGAAUGAGGAAGAGUUUCAAAACUUCUUGAAUGGUUUUGCUCUUUCUGUGUGGAAUUUAUUGUCGAAUGUGUCUCAGGUGUCGAGCCGUGAUCAUCUUGCUGUUACAGCUAUAAAGUUUUUGACCACCGUUAGCACAAGUGUGCAUCAUAAUCUUUUUGCUGGAGAGGGAGUGAUACCACAGAUUUGUCAGGGCAUUGUGAUCCCUAAUGUGAGGUUGAGGGAUGAGGAUGAAGAAUUGUUUGAGAUGAACUAUAUUGAGUUCAUUAGAAGGGAUAUGGAAGGUAGUGAUCUUGAUACUAGGAGGAGGAUUGCAUGUGAGCUUCUUAAAGGGAUUGCUACCAAUUAUAAGCCACAGGUUACCAAUUUGGUUUCUGUACAGAUACAGAAUUUGCUAAGCUCUUUUGCUGCAAACCCAGUUGGGAAUUGGAAGGAUAAGGACUGUGCUAUAUACUUGGUUGUAUCACUUGCUAUUAAGAAGGCUGGUGGUACUUCUGUUUCGACUGAUCUUGUUGAUGUUCAGAACUUCUUUUUGACUGUAAUUGUUCCAGAAUUGCAGAGUCAGGAUGUGAAUGGGUUUCCAAUGCUUAAGGCUGGUGCACUGAAAUUUUUCACAAUGUUCCGGAACCAUAUACCAAAGCCUAUGGCAUUACAGUUUUUUCCGGAUUUGAUUCGGUUCCUUCGUGCCGAGUCAAAUGUUGUUCACUCUUAUGCUGCAAGUUGUAUGGAGAAACUUUUGCUUGUAAAGGAUGAGGGUGGAAGAGCAAGAUAUACUUCAGCAGAUGUUUCUCCUGUGCUGCCACAACUGAUGACCAACCUCUUUGAGGCCUUGAAGGUUCCAGAAUCUGAAGAAAACCAAUAUGUAAUGAAGUGUAUUAUGCGAGUUCUCGGGGUUGCAGACAUCUCUCGUGAGAUUGCUGAUCCUUGCAUUACUGGGUUGAUAUUAAUUCUCAACAAAGCUUGUGAAAAUCCCAAGAAUCCAGUAUUUAACCACUAUAUUUUUGAGUCGCUUGCUGUUCUUCUGAAGCGUGCAUGUGGGAAGGAUGCCUCUCUAAUAUCAAUUUUUGAGAGAAGCCUAUUUCCCAGCCUCCAGAAGAUAUUGGGUGAAGAUGUGACUGAGUUCUUUCCUUAUGCAUUUCAGCUGCUAGCUCAACUAGUUGAGUUGAAUAGGCCACCAAUUUCACCGGCAUACAUUCAGAUUUUUGAGAUACUUUUGACUCCUGACUUAUGGAGAAAGGCUUCUAAUGUUCCUGCUCUUGUGCGAUUGCUUCAAGCAUUCCUUCAUAAGGUACCGCAUGAACUCAAUCAAGAGGGGAGGUUGACACAGGUGCUUGGGAUAUCCUAUAAACUUGUUUCAGCUCGUAACACAGAUGAACAGGGUUUCUAUGUGCUAAAUACUAUUAUUGAAAGCCUUGAUUAUAGUGUGAUUGCGCCUUACGUUGGCCAAAUUUGGAGUGCCCUUUUCACCGUGCUCCAAGACAAACAAACAGGAAGGUUCAUCAAGUCUCUCUUGAUUUAUAUGUCACUCUUUCUGGUCAAGCACGGCACUAAAAACCUUGCAGAUACAAUGAAUGCUAUUCAGGCCAACAUAUUUCAGGUGAUCUUGGUGCAGUUUUGGAUAUCCAAUCUUAAGCUUAUUACAGGAGUCAUUGAGACUAAGUUGACUGCAGUUGCAUCAACUAGACUUCUAUGUGAAUCUCCAGCCCUUCUGGAUGCUGCAGCUGUUGAACAUUGGGGGAAAAUGCUGGACAGUAUUGUGACCCUUCUUUCACGGCCCGAGCAGGAUAGGGUUGAAGAAGAACCAGAAAUGCCUGAUAUUGCAGAAAAUGUGGGUUAUUCUGCCACCUUUGUUCGUCUUCACAAUGCUGGGAAGACAGAGGAUGACCCUCUGAAAGAUAUAAGGGAUCCGAAGGAAUUUUUGGUGACUUCUUUGGCUAGGCUUUCUGCAAUUUCCCCUGGCAGAUACCCUCAAAUCAUCAAUCAAUAUCUUGACCAAACCAAUCAGGCAGAACUACUUCGUCUCUGCAGCUCUUAUAAUUGUGCAAUUGUUUGAAAUUUUAUGUGGCGAUGAAGAUGUGGACUAUUUUUGUUUGAAGUUUCAACAAGUCUUGGUCAGCAUGCAUGUGUGAGCAAACGUAUACCAUCUUGCAGUCUAUUGGUUUGGAUGAUUCUCUUCAUCUCUGCAACUUUUAAGAUCUUCAGCAGAAAUGAUGCGGGAUUUUUGGUUACACUUCUCUGAGUGGAUCUACCGUGCACAGCAAGCACCCGCUGGUUAAUUGGAUUUUGGGUUUUAAAUCAUACAUCAUCAUGGGUUAUUUCUUUGUGGCUUCCUGCCCUUUCUCAGCAUGCAUUUGUCUAAAAAUGGUAGAUCUGUAUUGUUAUCAUGUAAGUUUGUUUUUGUUCAGUAAUAUUGCAUGUAUGCAUUAUUUCACCACCGUCUUCUCAAAAAGAUUUAUAUAAAAGAAAGUUAUUGCAUCAUUUUAAGUUAA